GUGUGUGUCUAUCUGCUGGACGGAUACUCGAGGCUGUUAUCUGACGACCCGCCACACGAGCUGCCACAGGAGGGAAAGAUCAGGAGCAUCGUGGACCAGCUGAGUCGAUGUCAGUGUGUCGGCCUCCCUCCGUCUGAACUGCCCGAGAAAUACAGAAUCUGCCUCGCAGCUCCGCUACCGGCACAGAGAAGAGCCGUCGUCAUCCCUCUGUUGGACCAGGAGCGAGAGAACGCCAUUGCGGUCUUACUGGUGGGUUGUAACCCUUUAUCUGAACAGGAUGAAGAGCAUCUCAACAUGCUGGAGAAACAUGCCUCUGUGGCGUGUGCUCGGGUCCAGGCGGUGCAGACGCCCCACCAGAGGCCUCCUGUCAGUCCCUCUUGCAUACAGACCCACAAUGCACUGCUGCACCUCAACAUCUCAGACCAGGACUACAGCAAACUGGACCACAACAUCCUGCAGCUCUGUGGUGAGCUCUAUGACCUUGACGCGGCCUCUCUCCAGCUCAAGGUCAUCAGUUAUUUGCAGCAGAAGACUCACUCACAGUGCUGCUGUUUGCUGCUGGUGGCCGAGGACAACCACCAGCUGUUCUGCCAGGUCGUUGGAGACAAAGUCCUGGAGGAGGAGAUCAGCUUCCCGCUGAUGUUCGGACGCUUCGGUCAGGUGGUGGAGAAGAAGAAGUCCAUCACUCUGCAGGACAUCAGCGCUGAGGAGCGCCAGCAGCUGUCCCUCAUGUUGGGCUGUGAGAUCUCCUCCAUGCUGUGUGUGCCGGUGGCCAGCAGGGCGACCGGCCAGGUGGUGGCGCUAGCGUGCGCCUUCAACAAGCAGGGUGGGCAGAGACACACAGAAGCCGAUGAGCAGGCCAUCCAGCAUUGUUUCUGCUACACGUCAACAGUCCUCACGUCAACGUUGGCCUUCCAGAAGGAACAGAAGCUCAAAGUGGAAUGCCAGUCUCUUCUUCAAGUGGCCAAGAACCUGUUCACACACCUGGAUGAUGUCUCGGUACUGUUACAGGAAAUUAUCGUGGAGGCCAGAAACCUCAGUGAUGCAGAGAUUUGUUCAGUGUUCUUAUUGGAUCGAGUCAGUCAUGAGUUGGUGGCGAAGGUGUUUGACGGAGGCGUAGUCAGUGAUGAGGAGAAGGAGUUCCGGAUCCCAGCUGAUCAGGGCAUCGCGGGCCACGUGGCGACCACCGGGCAGGUCCUGAACAUCAAGGACGCGUACUCACACCCGCUGUUCUACCGCGGCGUGGACGACAGCACCGGCUUCAAGACGCGCAACAUCCUCUGCUUCCCCAUCAAGGACGAGAACAACGAGGUGAUCGGCGUGGCUGAGUUGGUGAACAAGACUAACGGGCCGUGGUUCAACCGUUUCGACGAGGACCUCGCCACGGCGUUCUCCAUCUACUGCGGGAUCAGCCUCGCCCACUCUCUGCUCUACAAGAAGGUCCACGAGGCUCAGUUCAGAUCUCACCUGGCCAACGAGAUGAUGAUGUACCACAUGAAGGUAUCAGAGGAGGAGGUCAUCAAGCUCUUGGUGCCGGGUAUCGAACCCGUGAGAGAGAUCCACCCCUGCUUCGCCGAGUUCACCUACACCCCCCGCUCACUACCCGACGACACCACGCCGCUGUGUAUCCUCAGCAUGUUUGAAGACAUGGGAUUCAUCCACAAGUACAAGAUCGACAUGAACACCCUGGCCAGGUUCUGCCUCAUGGUGAAGAAGGGCUACAGAGAUCCUCCGUACCAUAACUGGAUGCACGCCUUCUCCGUGUCUCACUUCUGCUACCUGCUCUACAAGAACCUGGGCCUGUCCAACUACCUCGAGGACAUAGAGAUCUUGGCCCUCUUCGUGUCCUGCAUGUGUCACGACCUGGACCACCGCGGCACCAACAACUCCUUCCAGGUGGCCUCGCAAUCGGUGCUGGCGGCUCUUUACAGCUCGGAGGGAUCGGUGAUGGAGAGACACCACUUCGCUCAGGCCAUCGCCAUCCUGAACACACACGGCUGCAACAUCUUCGACAAGUUCAACAGGAAGGACUACACACGCAUGCUGGAUCUGAUCCGAGACGUGAUCCUGGCCACGGACCUGGCUCACCACCUCCGCAUCUUCAAGGACCUCCAGAAGAUGGCUGACGUGGACCUCUCACAACGUCUACUCAACGUCACUGCAACGUCUGCACAACUUCUCUGGCGUCCCCUCAGUGGCUUCAACGUCUUCCCCUCACAGUGGUCUUCACACAACGUCCUCACAACGUAUUUAAUGUCACUGAAGAUGAAACGAGUCUGUUUGUUUCCACAGGAGCUGAUCUAUAAAGAGUUCUUCUCACAAGGAGACCUGGAGAAAGCCAUGGGGAACAGACCCAGUGAGAUGAUGGACAGAGAGAAAGCGUACAUCCCCGAACUGCAGAUAAGCUUCAUGGAACAUAUCGCCAUGCCCAUCUACAAGCUCCUGUCUGAGCUGCUGCCCGGCGCCACCGAGCUGUACGAGAGGGUGGUGGCCAAUCGGGAGCAGUGGACCAAAGUGUCCCACAAGUUCAGCAACCGCGGGUUGCCUAGCAACAACAGCCUGGACUUCCUGGACCAGGAGUAUGAGCUGCUGCAGGCCCAGGGCGCCUUCGGGAGCGACGACCACUGCCUCAACGGCUGCCUUGAGGAGGAGGAGGGGGGGAGGGGCCAGUGAUGUGGGCGGGGCCAGUGACGUGGGCGUGGCCGCCGGCCGGUUUCUGGAUGUCCUCCGUGGUCCAAUGAGAGGCUGACGAUACCCGAGAGGGGGCGGGAUCUCUCUGCUGUCAAUCGCUUAGAUGCUUAGGCAGGACAACGUUUUUCAGACUAACUGAGUCUUGAGACGCGGUGACCACGCGGGGUCAGAGGUCAGAAGUCAUGUCGCUCCUCGGGUCACGCAGAAGGCAGAAUGACUUUCAUCUUUUGCAGCAGCGACACUGGGAGGAUGAGUUUCUAAACCACAAGUCACACGUUCACACAGCAAGUGAUGCUGAUUACGAUUAUAAACACACGCACACACACACACACACGCACACACACACACACACAACCCGAGAGGAAACCAUUCUCAUGGAAAAAGACUUCUUCAUGACCGUGAGAUAAAGUGCUCUUCCCUCUGUAAGGUGUUUCAUGAAGGUGUGACCCCCCCCCCCCGCUGCCGCAUGCUCUGUGGACCUCGUGUUUCGUUCCUUGUCGUUUUAUCGACGGCUGAGAAGAAUUAAAUCACCGCGGUUCAUUUUUUUAAUACCAUCAUGACAGAUUUUUCUAUUUGGCUCUUUGAAAAAAAAUUAUUUGAUGAAUUGAAACGAGAGAUUUAGCGAAGUACACAGCCUUAUAACCCUCGUGUGUAUUCAUGUACUCGUCCUCAUCUUCGUCUGGAGGUCUAACGGACACAGUGACAAUCAUCAGAGCCUCCUGCACACCUGGUGCCAUCGGCUGCUCGCCACCUACAAAGGUCACGACCUCAAACGCACGCCCAGCUUACUCCUCCUCCUCCUCCUCCAGGAUCACCUCCUUUUCCUCUGGAGUUUACCGACUUCUUCGUACCCACUUCAGCUCGAGAGCGACCUGAAGCCCUUUAAGAGAUGCAUCUCACCUGUGGGUCGGAGCGCGUGGCGCGUGGCGUGGAUCUGCCUUACUGCAUCUCCGCUGCCUUUCUAGAGCUUUUAAUAUAUGAGACGAGAGUUCAGUGCGUAUGUUGUGUCUCUGUUGAAGACGUGUGAGGAGCGAAAGGUCACGACCUCCAGGAGACGUCAGAGGUCAAACUUCACUAUUUAAGUUAUAAACACCCAGCGCUGGAUAUCAGGCAGACGUCACUACGAACAGCUCUCAUGGAAGAGAGGGAGGGAGAGG